AUGCGGGUCUCGGCCUCGAGAUUGUGGGGUUAUCAGGUUCAAUAUACCUCUCCUCCUGACUGUGUAUACCCCAGGAGUCCAGCUAUGGCCCUUGGAUUAACUGCGGCUGCGGCUCUUAUGAUUUCUCAAAUUAUGAUCAAUGUUGCAACUGAUUGCAUUUGUUGUGGAAGAGGUCCUCAUCAACCAAACACUAAAUGGACACUAGCAGUGGUCUGCUGUGUUGUCUCCUGGUAAUGUGGAACUUCACUAACGUUAGUGCUAAGAUGCAAGGCUUUGUCUGAACUCUCAAUACAAGGAUCAUGUGCCAACUGAAACAGAUUACAAUUGUUAUCUAAUUCUGAAGAUGUCAUUGGAUUGAGAUGUCUCCAACUUCCAGUGAUUUGGAUAAGACACUGCAGAUUUGAUUAUUGGCUAAACCAAACUCUGACUAAUACACCAACCCUUGUUCUUCUUAAAUUGCCUACCAUGAAUUCAUCAAAGCAUCAUUGUCGGAUCACAUGUUAUUGUGUAGAACAUCUAGGUCCAUUGACAUGA